UUGAAACGUCAACGCAUAAGCGCAGCAUUUUCAUAAUACUUACAUCUCACAGUAACAGUGAUUUCAACUUGAUCACUGCCGAACUUGUUGGUGGCCUUAACAACGUACUUGCCAGAGUCACGUCGAUCUGGGUUCGUGUUGACGAACUUGCUGUUGUACGGUACAUUAUCAAUAGUGCGCGUCAUUCUAACGGUAACCAUACGAUCGUUGAUAGUCCAGUCGACAUCAGGGGCAGGCUCUCCAGAUAUCCUAACAUCGAAACCAAACGGCUCCCCUAUAGCAACACUCAGGUUCUUCAGAUUUCUGCGAUCGAUCUUUGGUGCCACUAUAUUUAUAUGAUAUGAGUAGUGCUUGGGAAUAUGCUGACAAUUAAUCGACUUACAUUUUCUCGGUUUAGCCCGGACUAGAAAAACGGUCUAGUCUGUGUCAGGAGAAAUCACUGUGAUCUACAUAAGCGACGCGACCACGGAAUUAUGACAUUAUACACUCCCUCGGGGAUAAACUAUGUGAAGUGAAAUUGGAAAUUUAUUGUUGGGCGGUGGAACACGACGUCCCAUUCGCGGCUGUUGAUAAGUUGGCUAAUGUUCCUCAAACGCUCAACCUCGUUCCAAAAGUUUUGACAUUGACAGGAUUGGGCCAAACGAAGGGUGCUUCUUUCGUUGGUGGGGUAAUCGCAGCGAAUCUUUUCAAGGAACUAAUGAAAAAUCGAAGGCUACCAAGAAUGCUGAAUUGUUCCGCAAAAAGAUGAUUCUCACUGGGAUCCAUCGUCAAACGUAGAGUCAAUUGUUUUUUCAAUUCUCUUUUCAAUUUCCCACUAUGACCGAAAACAAACAGCGAAACGAAAUUUGAAUCAUUUCAACAACUCGAUAACCGUAAUUUUCAACUAUGUUUUGCCUAUGGUUAAUGAGUUGAACAAAAUACUCCAAACUGAAACACUCAAGUUUAGUCAAAUUAAUUCGGAAACCACUAAUCUAUAUCUUACUCUCUUGUGUACUAUAUGCCCAGAGCAAUACAUCACAUCUAAUGUCUCAUAAUUGGACUUUGGAGAUUUUGAACAUCAUCUGAAGAAGCCACAAGACAUCAAAUUUAUAACAACUAUGCCAAUCAAUGACCAUGAAGAUAAAAUCAUGCUCAGAAAUUGAAAUAAUAAAUGUAAUACAGAUAUCAAUACAAAUUUUCUGGGAGAAAAACUAAAAUAGAAGAUUUGUUAUGGGCGAAAACACAGGUUUUUUUAUGGUAGCACUGUGUGACCGACGAGUAAAAUCGAAAAAACCUACCUAUUUUAUUCGAUUACAUAUAUCUCCACUAUAUAUAUCUAAUGCAAAAAAAAGUGCCGGGAAUAUUUACUAUUGGUUUAUUUAUUUGGAAUCAAAAUCCAAAAUUCAAUUGAAGAAAUAUUGACGUUCAAAAUAUAUACACUUAUUUCCACCCGAAACAUUGGAAAAUAUUUUUGAGAUAUAGUCAAUAUUCCGUUCAGUUUCAAACAUUUCCAUCGAAAUUGUGGGAUUUUUGCAAACCCCCCAUUACUGGUGGUGGUCUUAUUUCCCUAAUGAAGCUAAAUGUACCGUACGAAAUGCCAAUUAACGCGCUAAUUUCGUCGUCUUUCAUCAGUCCAUCAACAGCGGGCGGGAUGACAGCCGGCUGAGUGGAAUCUUUCAAACAGCAUCCGUACUAGCGGUUGAGGAAUUGUAGUUGGACGACAGAACCGUCCCGACGAACCAAAAACAAACAUACCGGAAUCUUAUUUGCAGCCGAGAUUUAUUUCAGCGCAUUUCAACCGCAUCUAAUCAUCGCUUCAUCGCUCGGAUGAUGCGCAGUUAAUUAUGCAGCCAAAAAUAUACUGAUUCGCAUGUAUGCCGCGCGAAAACGCGAGAAAACAUAAUCAGAUAAGUCAUUGCCACACACACACGAGACUCAUCUCCACAUCUUCAUAUCACGAUGGCUCAACUCAAUCGGACGGAACCGAACUGGUGGAAUUCAGAAAUGCGUGCCAUCGCCGCCAUACAGGACCAACACUAAUGAUGCUCUUUCUGUUCUUCCCAAACAGGUGGAACGGCCGCUCACGAUGAAAAAGGAAGGUAUCCAGACGAGGAACCGCAAGCUAACGGCCAAGUCGAAGAAACGAAAAUCGACGCCCGGCUACAGCUUCUCCUUCGGAGAUCUCAUGAACCCGCUGGACCACAACAAAUCUUUCCCCGGGGGCUUCCCCACAUCAAUGGGACAACACGCUCAUCUCUCCAGUGGACUCCACCCCGCCCAUUCGCACAUGCACAGCGGUUGGUACACAACCGGUCUCGGAUCGCUCGGUACCUCCAGUAGCCUGCAGAAUGGCUUCAGCAGUACAGCCCCACUGGGAACCGGAGCCGUAGCGCAUCCCCAAUCGUACCACCUCGGAUUAAACUCGAUGAGCUGGCGAUCCGAAUACACGUGACUAAUGGGACAGUAAAUCAGAACGGACAACCCAACAGAGUGGCUGCUCGCGGGGGCCCGCCGAAUGUACGGAACGGGUUCUAGCAGCGAAACUACUCGGCUAUAUCCGCAGCAAUAAGUUGAUGUUAGUACAAUUUUAGAUUUAGUCAGGCACUGAUUAUCUCCGAAAAUGGAUAGUUACAAUGAUUUAUCGUUCAUCGUCGCUGUUCCCCCCACCACCUUACUCAACAAUGCUCCACGAGAAACAGUCAGUCAUAAUUUCGCAAUAAGAGCAGAGAGAGAGAGCAAAGCGGCUGCAAUAAAGCCAUUUCACGGUUAUUAAAUUCAAGCACUAAUGAGCGCAUCUCACAUAUAUCCUGUUAGUAAAAAUUAUGACUCUAACCGUCAGUUCAGUCGCAACACACCUUUCGUACUUUUCUUUCGCGCGAUCGAUUGGAACGAAUCACAUUGCAAAAUAGUUCGUACCAAUAACGACUCCGAGACGAGUAAAACAAGAAAAAAACAUCCUAGCGAUCACACGUGGAUUGCUAUCCUGAAGUGCAAAGAUUUAAAUAGUUGUCAACACAUGGUCUUUUUGUAAGCGAGGAGAGUUUUAUUUUAUUUUAUUUUUUUAUCAUAGUAUCCUAUUAUUAUUUCUGUUGUAGCUCAAAAUUAUGUUAGCUAGCGCAAAUUAAGACACAACCGCAGGUUUAAUUUAAGUAGUCAGAGACUGUUGUACGAGAAGAGUAAAUACAAGCGUAUGUUUAAGCUCAAAAACAGUAUAUAUAUAUAUAUUAUGGUAACAUAUUUGUACAAAGUGUAUAUUUAAAUCAAUGAACAAAUAGCUAUAUAGUACGACGUGUAAAUACCACAAAAAAUAUUGGAAAAAACAAACAUAGUACAGCUCAACGUCAAACAUAUAUGAAAUCAUCAAAAAAUCAUCAAAAAAAAUAAACAACUACCGGAUUUUUAAGCACGGAACAACAAUAACAGCCGGAAAAAAUCGAAGUAAUCAUUUUAUGGGAAUAUAACUUCUUCUGUAUUGGAAUGUCAACCCACUGCCAUAAAAUUUUAUUUAAAUAAUUGUUGUGAUCUAUUGUGAUAAGAAGGCAUACAAAUAAAAAAAUGAAAAAACAAAUGAA